CAGAACUCUGGGAAAUGUAGUCGUGCCUCUGUGACGUCACAAGCAGUCGCUCCGCGAACCGCACUUCCGCAUCCCGUCUGCAGACGUUUUUUUUUUUUUUCCCCUAAGUUAGCGGUGCUGUGUCCUGCUCCUCGCUCUCGGUUGGAUCUCUGACAUGGAGGAAAUGCUGUCAUUCAGGGAUGUGGCCAUUGAUUUCUCUGCAGAGGAGUGGGAAUGUCUGGACCUUGCUCAGUGGAAUCUAUACAGGGAUGUGAUGUUGGAGAAUUACAGCCACCUUGUGUUCCUAGGUCUUGCGUCCUGUAAGCCAUACCUGGUCACAUUUCUGGAGCAAAGACAAGAGCCUUCAGUUGUGAAGAGACCAGCAGCUGCCACCAUGCACCCAGAGGGAAAGCCCUAUAAAUGUCAAGAAUUUGACAAGACCUUUGAUUGGAACUCACUCCUUAUUCAGCACCAGAGAGUUCAUCCUGUGGAGAAACCCUACAAAUGUGAAGAAUGUGGGAAGGUCUUUAGUGCUCACUCAGCACUUUCUAUACAUCAGAGAAUCCAUACAGGAGAGAAACCCUACAAGUGUGAAGAAUGUGGCAAGGCCUUUAGUACUCGCUCAGCACUUUAUAUACACAAGAAAAUUCAUUCUGGAGACAAACCCUACAAGUGUGAGGAGUGUGCAAAAGCGUUUUAUUUCCCUUCAUUACUUAAGCAGCAUCAAAGAACUCAUUCUGCAGAGAAUCUCUGCCGGUGUGAGGAAUGUGGCAAAGCCUUCUAUUUACCUUCAUUCCUGAAGCAACAUCAAAGAAUUCAUUCUGCAGAGAAUCCUUACAGGUGUGAAGAAUGUGGCAAAGCCUUUUCUUAUCCCUCGACCUUAAAGCAACAUCAAAGAAUUCAUUCUGGAGAGAAACCAUACCGUUGUGAAGAAUGUGGCAAAGCAUUCCGUAGGUCAACAUACUUUCACCAACACCAAAGAAUUCAUACUGGAGAGAAACCCUACCAGUGUGAAGAGUGUGGGAAAACAUUCUACUAUCGUUCAAACCUGAAGGGACAUCAGAUUAUUCAUUCUGGAGUGAAACCCUACAAGUGUGAAGUAUGUGGGAGCAUGUUUAGAACUAGCUCAGACCUUUCUAAGCAUCAGAGAAUUCAUGCUGAAGUAAAGCUGUACAGUUGUGAGGAAUGUGGAAAAGCCUUCUCUACUCAUUCAUACCUCAUUCGGCACAAAUUAGGCCAUUCGAGAGAGAAGCCAUACAAAUGUGAAGAGUGUGGCAAAACAUUUUGUUACCCUUCGAUCCUUAAGGAACAUCAAAGAAUUCAUUCUGGAGUGAAGCCUUACAAUUGUGAAAUAUGUGGCAGCAUGUUUAGAACUCGCUCUGAACUUUCUAAGCAUCAGAGAAUUCAUGCUGAAGUGAAGCUCUACAACUGUGAGGAGUGUGGGAAAGCCUUUUCCACUCAUUCAUACCUUAUGAGGCAUAGACUUGGUCAUUCUGGAGAGAAGCCCUACAAAUGUGAAGAAUGUGGGAAAUCCUAUAGCUACCCUUCACUCCUUAAGGAACAUCAAAGAAUUCAUUCUCAAAAUCCCUACAAGUGUGAUGUGUGUGGGAAGGUUUUUUGUACUCGCUCAGGACGUUCUAAACACCAGAGAAUUCAUACCGGAGAGAAACCGUACAAGUGUGAAGAAUGUGGAAAGGGAUUCUCUACUCAUUCAUACCUUACUCUGCACAAAUUACUUCAUACUGGAGAGAAACCUUUCAAAUGGGAAGAAUGUGGUGAGGUUUUCUAUACUUGCUGAAGACUUAAUAAGCACCAGGAAAUUCACAUUGGAGAAAAUCCCACUAAGGUAAAGAAUGUGUCAAAACUCUUUGCUGUACUUCAGACUUUAAGUAAUACUACAAAAAUUCAUACUAAAGAGAAACCAUACUUUAAUUGUUAAGGCUUUGUUAGAUACAAGGUACUUCCUACUGUAGAAAGACUUUACAGAUGUGAAGAAUGUGGCCAAAUGUUUUACCAUACUUCAGACUUUAACAACCAACAAAGGGCUCAUUCUCAAAAGAAUCCCUUCAAGUGUGAAGUAUGUGACAAGGUAUUAUGUGCUACCUUGAGCUUUCUGUCUACUAGAAUAUUUAUCCUGGAGAGAAACUCUGCAAGUAUGAAAAAUUUGGAAAUUCCCUUUUAACCCAUUCAUCCUUGAUUCUGAUCAGUCUUGGCAAAGUUUGGGGCGAGUGUUGUUUUUUUUUGUUUUGUUUUACGAUAAUUGUGCUCAGACCUGUUCAUUGUGGGAGGAACCAAACCAUCUAGGAUCCUGGAUUGUAUAAGAAAAGAAAGUGAACUGAGAACAACCGUUCCUCUGUCUUCCUCUGCUUUCUGACUGUCGAAGCAAUAUGAACUGCUGCUUCAGCUCCUGCUGCCCUAAAUUUCUCACCUUUAUUCACAGUGUCGUGAUUUGAACGAGAAAUGUACCCUGUAGUCUUAAGCAUUUGAAUAUUUGUUCCCCGAGUUGUGGCUCUAUUUGGAGAGAUUUAGAAGUAGGUCACUAGAGGUGAACUUUGUGAAUAAAAAGCUCCCUCUGCAUCCAGUUGGCUUUCUCUGCUUCCUGUUUACCCCUGAGGAUGUGAGCUCUCAGCUUCCUGCUUCAGCCACCCUGCAGCUUGUGCCAUGCCCUCCCUCUGUCGUGAACUUUGAUCCUUUCUGUACCAUAAGCUGAAGUAAAGUCAUUCCUCUAUAAGUUGACUGGUCAUGGUGUUUAAUCACAAGAGAAAAGUAGCUAAUAAAAACAUUGCCCUUGUACCAGGAACAGUAUUAAACCGUUUCUACUACAUUGCGUGUGUAAGGGUAUUUUAUCAUAACAAGAGGGAAAAUAAGGCUGCAAGCCAAAGAAAAGUAAAACAAUUGAUAUUUAAUGGUAUAUACCAUGAUCUUUUGUUCCUACUUCUUGUGUUGUCCCUUCUCCCUUUUGUCCCUGUCUUAACAUGCUCUUUUCCAAAACUACUUCCUUUCUCUAUACACACACACACACACACACACACACAAACACACACAUGAGCAUCACAAAUAUAGUAACUUAAUUACUGUGGUAUUCUUUUUCUGCAAAAUUUUGAGACCAUAUGUGCUAUAUUCAUGUUGGUACAAAUGUAAUGUUAGUGUUUAUAACACCUUUGUGUUUUUUUUUUUUUUUUUAAAACAGGGUCUCUCUUGUGUAGUCCUGGCUGUCCUAGAACUUGCUCUGUAGAACAGGCUGGACUCAAACUCAGAGAUCUGCCUGCGUCUGCAUCCCAAAUGCUGGGAUUAAAGGCAUGUACCAGCACUGCCAGGCACCAUUUUGCAUUUUUAAUAUUAAGUUAUUGUCCCUUAUACAGUUCAAAUUAAUUUUUCUAUAGGAUGAAAGACAAAGACCUAAUCUCAUCUUCUCAUCAGUGCAUAUCUUAGUUAUGCCCCCUGUAAUUGUUGAAAAGGCUAUCCGUUCCCCUGCAUGGUUUUCACCGUGUAGGUUGUUGCCGUAUUGGUUCAAAUCUGCAUUUUUACUUUACAUUACAUUAGUCUAUGUGGUUUUUUGGUUUUUGUCUAUAUGGGUUUUUGUUUUUUGUGUUUUGCUUUGUUUUAUUUUGUAUGAGUACCUUGCAGCUCUUUUCAUUAUGGCUCUGAUGUAUACUUUGAGGUCUGCUAUAGAUUGUAUUGUCUGUGGUCUUUUGUGUUCCUAGGUGAGUUCUUUUUUUUUCCCUAGUUCUAUGAUAAAUGUCAUUGAAAGUUUGCGCUGGAUUGCAUUGACUAUGUAGAUGUCUUUUAUCAGUAUUGCCAUUUUCGCAGUGUGAGCUCUGCCAAUCCAUGAAAUGUGGUAUCUUUCUAUCAUCUAAUGUCUUCCUUUGGAAGAUCUUUUCAGUAUUUAAAAAUUUUGCUAAUAGGAGGAGCUCCAGGCUUGCUGGAGCUACAUAAUGAGAGCAUCUCACAAACAGAAAGAAAGCUUUCACCACAUUGGUUAGUCCUACCCCUAGAUGAAUUCUCCUCCUUUUCUUCUUCCUCCUCUCCCUCCUCCCCCUCCUCUUCUUUCUCAUUCUCUCAUUAUGAAUGGACAUUUUUUUCCUGCUUUCUUUCUUAGAAUGUGUUGAUUUUAUAAGCUGCUAUUUUAUUAAAAGUAUCAGAUUCACAUACUGGUAUGUUAGAGGUCUUUUAAAUAAAGAAUCAUGUCAUCUGAAUAUAAGGAUAGUUUAACUUCAGAUUUAAUUUUUAAUUUUUGUACUUUUGCUCUAUAUUGUCUUAAUUCUAUAGUUAACAAUUAGAGCACAGUAUUCAAUAGGAAUCAAAAUAGGUAACCCUUGUCUCUGAGAUUUUACAGGAAAUGUUUUCAUUAAGUAAUGAAAUUGUUCUCUACUUACUAAAGGUUGGCUAUCAGUUUGUCAUGCACUAACUUUAUCUUGGUGAGAAAUGUUCCAUCUAUUCCUAGUUUCUUCCUCCAUGUGUUGUGUAGCUCACCAGGUACCUUUUCUGCAUCCAUUGAAAUGCUAAUGUGAUUUCUGUUUUUAUGUCUAUUAAUGUGCAGCAUUGUAUAUUGUUUUGCAAAUGUUAAGCCAAUCUUAGGAGGUAAAAUCCAACUAGUUGUGAUGUAUAGUAACUGGGAAUAUAUUUCAGAAGUUUUUAGGUUUGGGGUUUUUUGUUUGUUUGGAGAGGUAUCUAAACAUUCAUUAUGCAUAGUAGUAUGAUAUGGUAUUUGUGUGUGUGUGUGUGUGUAAAGUUUUAUUAUUAUUUUUAUACUGGCUCCUAAGAAUUAGCAUGGUAGUUUCCUUCUGUUUCUAUUUUGUGAAAGAAUGUGAAUAGUGGGCCAUUAAAUCUUGAGAGCUUGGUAGAACUUUGCAGUAAAUCUACCUGGUCCUCGACUCUACUUCAUGUUUAUAUUUUUAGUUCCUGCUUCUGGCUCCUUAUUGUUAUAGGACUGGAUAGGAUAUCUACGUCUUCUGGCUUUAUGUUUACUCAGUUGUAAAUAUUUAGAACUGUAUUUAUUUCUUCUAACAUUUCUAAAUUGUCUCCUUUUUAUUUCUUAGUCUCCCCCUUCCCUCCUUUCUUUUUUCCUUUUUUUUUCUCUCUGUUCUUUCCCUUCCUCCACCCUCAUCCCCCUGUCUAUUUCUAUUUGUUUUGCUAGGAUUUGGUGAAUCUUGUCUGUCUUAUAAAGAAAGUAACCCGGUAUUUGCUUAGUUCUGUAUAUUUUUUUUUUAUCAUGUCUCUACUUCAUGAAUUUUAGUCCUUGUUUUUUGUUUUUUAUUUUUAGUAUAUAUUAUUUAUACUUUAUGUCAAUUUCUGUAUUUUGAUUUGGCUUCUCUUCUCCAACUUGGAGAUGCAUCAUUACAUUACUUAUUUGAGAUCUCUCUGAUAUUUCAGUUAAGAAUUUUAGUGUAACCUUUCUUUUUAGGAUUGCCUUCCUCUUGGAUUCAUUUACUGAGCCACUGUUCAAUUAAACAUAUAUAUCUUUUUAGUCACUAAUUAGUUGUCCACUUUCUGAGGGUAGUCUUUCUGUUUCUACUUUUAGUACACUAUGCUCUGCUAGGAUGUUCAGAAUUAUUUCUUUUCUGUUUUCAUAAAUGCUUGGUUGUAGCCUAUAAUUUGGUUCAUUUUAGAGACUGUUCCUUGUGACCCUAUCAGAAUGCAUAAUCUUUGUCUGUUCUUUGUAAUGUUCUAUAGAUAUUGUUUAAAUCCAGCUGAUAUUUUGAGCAUUUCUCUUUGGAGUUUCUUACACAUGGAUUUGGAGGUACAGAAAUCUGACUCAAAACAAAUAUUGCUACAUCUAUCUUUGAGUAACUAGACAUAUUAUCUUCCUAUACUCUACAUUUUUAUUGCCUUUUACUUGGCUCUCUUGCUUUAUAGACAUUGUUUAUAUGUCUGGCUAAAUCAAUUAGUUCUGUCAAAGCCUUUCUACUUUAUGAUCUUGCCCAACCAAAGGGCUCAGCAAAGCCAUUAAAGCUGCAUGCGGGUCUUCAGAUCCCUGAAGUAUCAACCUCUUACAUCAAGUUCUCUAAAAACAUAGUUCUAUUUAUGUUCCCAAUGAACUGGGGUUCAAAUAUAGCCUUUGUUAUUACUGGGCCCCUCACUCUCUAUGAUCCUCUGGUACCUCAGAUAAAGAUAGACAGUUGUUUUGCAUGGCUCUAGAAAGCCGGUUCAUCAGGGAUGAUUUCUCCCAUAUUGUACCAGCUUAUGAAGCCUUUGCUUUUAGGAACGGUGAGUGGUUGUAUUGCUCUGUUUCUCUGCCACCACAGCUGAUCCCAUCUACUCAGAUGUCUCACAGUCUCACUUAGCCAGGCUGUAGCAGGCUCUUUCACUCUAGCUUGAAAGUCUUUCUUUGCUAAUUCCAGUUCAAGUGCUAAGUAUUUCCCGAUUACACUACUUCCUUUUAUUGGCCAUUGCUACACCUCUGCCUGUGUGUUAGAUCACAGAUUUUGCUUUUUUGUUUUUGUUUUCUUUUGUUGUGUUUUGAGCAUCAAAGGCAGGACUUGAGGAGUGCCAUCUGUCACUUUCCCCAUAUCUCCUGAGAGGUGUUCACUAUGACUUUUAUCUUGUUUUUCUUUUGGCUGCUAAGCUGUUAAGAAAGGGCAAGCCAAGGCACUUCUCUUAUCCUCUCUUUUCCCUGGUUUACUUACCAGAUCAGAGGCUAAGGUGGAGAAUGUUAUCCCUAACUUCCUAAAUGUAUGGCACUCUUGGGUCCAUUUCUUAUUACACACUACAGAGACCAGGCAACCUCUGUAGCUGCUUGCCAGCCAUCUCAACCCUUGAUUUUACCAUCAGAGGAUGCAAAAAUUGCCUCUAGACCUUUAACUUCGUUCAAGAUAUCUCCAUAUCCAAAUGGUGGACCACAUUCAUCAAUUAGGCAUGCCACCCCAUAGCUCCUAGACAAAGAUUGCCAUUCUGGAAUUCUUCCCAUAGGCACAUCUAAUCCUGAUUGUUCAACCUUAGUUGCAUGUCUUCCUUACUGUAGGAAGAACCAUUCCGCCACUGUCAACAUAGGAAAGUCUGGCUAUAUUAAAUUUUGUUCUUGAAUGUUCCCCCUCAACCUGAUCAGCCUUAGUUUCUUGCCUUGCUGCCUAUAGCCAGUACCAUGCACACUUUUCUCCCCAAAUUAUUGGUUUUGUUGUAUCCCUUUUGAGGCACCAGCUAUGUUGUGUGACAGACAUUUUCUUGAGAGAUGCAAAAGGUCAACACAUGUAUGUACACACACAUGCAGACACAGACAAAAACAUACAUCUACAACACCCUGGCUGUCUGAGGCUUAGUAUUGGGUGGAGAGACAGGAAGUGUGUUAUUAGGUUGACAGGAUAACAGCACCCAUGCUACUGCAACAGUAUGGUUGCCUUAAAAAAAAACCUGAACAACAAUAACAGCAAUGGACAUGCUAAAAUGGGAGUUCACUGAGAGAGAGCUAGAAGCAACUAAUUAGUGCUAUAAGAGGGAGAAUUAAUCUUCCUCAGAGAGAUGUCUGCUAAUUAGUUAUCCAAAAACCACGUGAUCAAUCAUGAAUAUAAAAGUAACCCUGAAUGGGCUCAGCAGGUUGCAUUUCCAUAUUCAUUCACUUACAUAUAUGUAACAUUAAUAAAGAGGCCAUGAAUUUGAGGGGGAGGGAGGAAGAAUAUGGGAAGCUUGGAAGGAGGAGGGGAAAAAUAAUGUAAUUACAUUUUCACCUUUUAUUACAAAAAAUAAAUUUGAAAGAGAAAAGUAUAUUGUAUGAAAUUCUCAAAGACUAAGAACAAUAUUAAAAACAAUAGCAUAAGCAUUAGUGCAAAAUAUAAUGUCUGCUUGCAGAAUGUGGUACUGAUGUUCAUAUUAGGAAAUGUAUCCUUGUGAUGGUGGUAAUGUCUGCUUGUAGAAUGUGGUAUUGAUAUUGAUUAAUCAGCAAGUCUAUCCUUGUGAUGAUGGUAAUGUCUGCUUGCAGAAUGUGGUACUAAUGUUGAUUAAUCAGCAAGUGUAUCCUUAUGAUGGUGGAAAGGAUGACAGGUAAAUCUGUCUUUUGAGCAGGUUGUAACUUUAAAAUUACUGUGCAGUAACACUGACCAGUGCACAUUUCCUAACUGUAUUUUCACUAAGUCCUUGGUAAAACUGUAACUAUCUUGCCAGGUUCUAACUUGCAGUCUAGUAUUAGAGCUUCCUCUUUACCACAGUCUGUAUUAUUAAUUUUCCUGUGUCUAUUACAAUAUAAAGACUCCAGUCCUGUCACCUAGUACGAACUCAAGUCGUGAUGAGUUAUUGAAGUUUUUAAGAAGACCAGAACAAGAGUGGCUUCUGACAAUGGCAAGUACCAUCCUUCUAGUGUCUCUGCUUAGAAACCAGUGUUUCUCUUUCAUGUGUAAACACUUAUUUCUGAUAGUUUAUGUAUAACUGAUCUCAAGGAUUACAAUCCCAGGAGUUGCAGUAUCAUGAGUAUAAAAGUAACACUGAAUGGACAAACAGGAGACAGUAAAGAGAGGACGGGGGACACAUUAAUCCAUGCAGCUGUGAUAGUUUCUUUAUUCCAGGUAGCUCAUUGUAUAUCCCAAGAACUCAGUUCUGAUUUCUUCUUAUUCAGGGAAUCAUCCUGUGUCCUGAGUUGUAGGAACUGAGGGAAGCUUAAGGAAGAGCAUCCUGGACUUUCAGGAUAUUGUCACUCAGGCACAAUUUCAUAAUUAGACAAGAGUCAAGACACUAAGCAAUGCAGACUAAGCCUUAAGAAGGUGAAGUAUACACUAAUGCUGGAUCAAGAGUCAAUACAUUCAGCACACUACCUCAAGACAAGUCAACCCCUACCACGGAGCCAUGUGACUCUCUAUCUGAGAAAAGAACACAGGACCACAGUUCCUUGUAGUGAACAUUUAGCCUCCAUUCUGAAAACCAGGCAUGGAAGGGUAAAAUUAUGGUUCAGUGGUCAUGAAAAUAAAAAUUCUUAAAUAGCUUAAAGGCUAAAUGAAUGUAUGAACUGAGGAAGUGGUGGACAGAUGGAAAGAUGUUAAAUACACGUUGGAAGUUUCUUUGUAUGAAAAUUCAGAAAACAGGCAAUUUUUUCCCCUUAUUCGCAGUCUCAUUGUGUUUCCUAGCUGGCCUAAAACUUGCUAUGUAGAAUAUUAUGUUCUCAAACUCACAUUGGUCCUUUUGACUGCCUGUGUUGGGAUUUAAGGUAUGUUCCAUAAUGCCCAGCCCAGAAAGCAGGACUUAAGCCUUGUACAAGUGUGCUGAACACUCCUCCAGUCCAUCACCUACACAAUGUUCACACUGCAAUGGCUUUUGUAGCUGUGGACUCUGACUCAUCGAUGGCUUGCAGGGUAUCAUAAUAGGUGAGAUGAAGUCAGAGAAGAAACUCAAGGCAGGAACGGAGUCAGGAACUGAAGCAGAGACCAUUGAGUACUGCUGCUUACUGGAUUGUUCCCCAGGCAUGGUCAGGUUGCUUUCUUAUACAUCCAAGUCUACCUGCUCAGUUAUGGCACCACUGACAGUGUGCUGGGUCCAUUACACAUCAGUCAUAAUUCAGGGAAAAUGCCAGAGACUUACCUAGAAGCCAGUGUGAUGGAGGUAUUUUCAUGACUGAGGUUCUCUUUUCUUAUAUCACCCUUGUUUUUGUCAAAUUGACAAAAAGAUGACCAACAUAGUUGACUCCUUGUUACCAUGACAUAAAAGCACAUCCCUAUUAAACCAUAACUUUAUCCUUUUCUUUUUACCCUCAAGACUUGAUGCUAAUAUUCAUAUCACAAUGUAAACUACAGUCCAACUUAUAAGAGCUCCAUGGUCUUUAAAAAUUCAACUUUAAAUUUCAUCUCUUUAAUAUCCAAUCUCUUUUUAAAAGUCUAAAGCUUCUCAACUGAUAAUUCUUGCAAAAAUGAAAACCAAGUUAUCUCUUAUUCCAAGAGAGGGGAGACAGAUAUCAGUUACAGUUAGACCAAAGCAAAUCUAAAAAUUUGUAAGUCUAAUAACUUAAGACAGGAACCACAGGCAGGAACUGAAGCAGAGGCUGUGGAGGAACUCUGCUUACUGGAUUGAUCUCCAUGUCUCCCUCAGCUUGCCCUUGUUUUUUAAACUAUAAAAUCCAAGACCACUUGCCCAGUGGCAGCAUCUCCAACAGUGGCCUGUACCUUCUCUCAUCAAUCAUUGAUCAAGAAAAUGCCUCCACCUGUAGGCCAACCUAAUGGAGGCAUUUUCUCAACAUUUCCUGUUCCCAGAUGGCCAAUGUGUGUU